AUGGCUGGGCACUCUUUCGCCCAUACUUUCAACUCGCGGUACUUCAUCGGCAUAAUCAGAACAUACCACGUCGGUUUCUAUCCACAAAGACCAGUCAACACCGCAGAGUCUCGGAUGUACCAGUGGAAGAUAUAUACCACCCUGAGAUCUCCAUUUGCGCAACGUUCACUUACGAUACCAGACUUGAACGACCUAAGCAUACCUGAGCUAUACCAGCGCUUCGGUAGACCGUACGAGGUUCCCAUCCGACGAGUGGAUGGAAAGCCUGGUGAACCCCACGCACUGCCGCAUGUCAUCUAUCCUAUGAAUUUGAGUAUCCCUGCCAACGAAGUGGACGACCCAGAGAUUAUCAUUUCGGACUACCGGACGUCCUUUGUUGUGUCGGAGACGCCCUCGCCGACUCUAUACACCCCAGCCCUCUACUCUCCACCAGAAGACUUCUUCAAUGACCCCAUUCAACCCACCGCAGCUGACAUAUGGACCUUAGGUAUCAUGUACGAGGUCUUGGGCGAGCGUCCACUUUUUGAAACGUUUGCCUGGGAUCGAGAAGACAUUGUCGCCGAGGUGAUUAAUACACUGGGCCGACCGCCUGUGAGAUGGUGGAACUCCUGGGCCAAACGCUCCGAAUUCUUCGAAGAGGACGGGUCGUGGGUUGCUGAGUUCCGCCGUAUCAGUACUCCCGUCUUCCGGCCUCUGCGCCAGCGUCUCUGGGAUAUGGGCCGUGGCGAGACGGAGCAGACGUGUGAGUGGGACAUUGCAGGCGGGGAACUCGGUGCGCUGGAGGACUUUCUCAGAGCUAUAUUGGCAUUUGAGCCUGCGGAUCGGCCUACAGCAGACCAACUCCCGGGGUCCGAGUAUAUGGUGAACUGGGCGUUACCUGUGUGGGAGAGGCAGAAAAGCGGAAACCGAACCCACCCUGCAGACGAGGAAAAGUAUUAG